UACAACGUGAACUACCCCAUUGUGAAUAGUAGACAGAAAAAACGCUUUAUUUUUCGAGAAGCCAACGGAAAUGGUUGUCAUUUAAUAUGUCAAGCAGUACACCUACCUUUCAUGCAAACUUUGUGUAUGGAACCUCAACUGUGCACUCAGAUCAGGUGGCGGACGGGGAUUUUUGUGUGCAGUGAAUAAAGGGUAAUAAAAGUGAUAUUUCUUUCCGAUCUGUUCAGCAUCAAUUUGUGAAUCACAUGCAUGCCGCACCCCCUAGUAUUGGCUGUGGUAUUUUAUUGCAUAAACAUAUCGCGUCUGUUCCCAUCAUUUUAUACCAAAGAUCUAUGAUGUCCCAGAAGGGACAUCGCGAAUCGUGAAAUCGCGAAUAAUUCACGACGAAAUUAUGUAGCAAAGUGCAGCACAAAGUAUGAACUAUAUGGAUACUAAUUGGAUUGGAACAAACUAUUUCUAAACGUGAGGAUCAGGUGUUUGCUACAGUGAAGGAUUCCAUUACAAGUGCGAAUGUCAUAGUACCGAAAGACAACUGUUCCUUUAAGUUGUCACACUAUCAGGAUGUUAAAGAACAUGAAAGUACUUCAGUUAUAAUCACGAGAAAAGCUUUUGUAAAGACUGAAUAGGGAUAUUUUAUGGAUAUUUAUUGGUAAUGCCAACUAUCAAGGAUAAAGCUACGACAGAUACUGGAAUCUACAGAUACAACUUUGAGUGUUGCCAUUUUACUUUAAUGCAAAGUGUAUACAUCUGCAUGCUUAUCACCUAUCACCGCCAGUGAAUUGCAGUGGGCAAGAAAAGAACACUGUAUCUCUACAACAAUUCAUGUGAAUUGCAAGUCAUCCUAUUCAGGGUUACAGUAUGAUUUCAUUUAGUGGUUAACGAAAGGGAUCUACGAUUUGUUUCUCUACAGUCCAUGGAAACCUUAACUUAUUGGUCAAUACUCUGCUACUGGAGGAUGAAAAUAUAAAGCCUAACUUAUGGUUAAAGAAGGACAUAUUAACCGUUGUUCAGUGAGUGAAACAAUACGGCAACCAUUGAAAGGACUGCCAAGAUUGUAUGCGGACUCAUGCAACAGGUACUGCAAACAUUUAAUUACUAUGCUUCGCAGAGACUGUAUUUUUUUAAACGUAGUGAAUAGUGUACAUAACGUACAUGCCGUUGAUUUUCAUUUCUUUGCAAUACUAUCAUAUUAAAAGAUAUCAAAAUAUUCUUUUUCUUAAAGCCAUUAUUAAGAUGACAUAAGAGUUUAAGGUAACAUUAUUUUCAUGCAGCUCAAGUAGGUUUUCAGACACAAGUCAAUUUUUCUCUCAAAAUAAACAUGAUUUGUAACGCCAAAUUUCCAGGAAUAUUCUUAAUAUUUAGUGUAAUUAUAGUAUUUGCUUUGUGUACACAUGUUAGACUACAUGAGGGUGAUUUAGCAGCCCUUGAAUUUAUAUUUCCAUACCAAAACAAUUUUACUUUUACCAUCCAAAUUGGGACUAGAUAUCCAUUCUAUUAUUCUAGGACAGGAACAAUAUAUUCACCAGGUCUCACUGAAGACCAAGUAGGGAGGUUUUCUGUACAGACCACAAAAGAAGGAGACGAAACAACUUCCAUACAUGUUCAAAUCGUGAAUACUACAAGAGAAGAUGCAGGUACUUAUAUAUGUUUAGUUACUGACACACGUCAUGCUUACAGUGUUACCAUCAAAAGAAUAGCGCUGAACAUAGACUAUACACCAGGAAAAGCAAGUUGCACUUUUGAAACAGUAGCUAAAACAACGGAAGGCUGGGCAUUUCUGACAUGCACUGCACUGCUUGGUAGUCAAUCUGGGCUUUUUGAUUGCUAUCAAGAAUGUGAGAAAAUACCACCUAGGAAUGAAAUAAAUCAAAAUCGUUCAAGAUUUUGGCAAACAUUUUGGGUGAGGAAAUCCCUGCCUGGAGUUUGUUGUACUUCUCUGUACACAAAAAGGAGGGGUCUCAGGCAAUGUGAUGAUUUUAAAUGGAACUUUCUUGAGAAGCCAGCCACAGAUAUGACUCUUUGUUUGCUCAAUGGAAAAGAUACAUAUAUUGAAACAUCAGAGUCACCAACUAAUAAACCUCUGAGUUUUACAUCCAAAAUAAAAAAUGCCCCCUUUUCAACUGAAAUGGGGGACAAAGUAUCAUGUACAAAUAUCAAUGUUCAUUGGGAAGCAUUAGCAAAGUCCUUUAUUUGCAUCUCUUUGGGAUUAGGUAUUGUCGUCAUUUUUCUAGUGAUAUGUUUACUGAAACAAAAGAGAAAGAACAGAUAUAGUCAGAAUCACAACGUAUGCGAGACUGUAAGGUUAAACAUGCAAAGUAACGAAAAUGAAAUUUCUUUCCUAUCCCAUCAUCAAAAUACCCAGACAGAUGAAGUACAUGAAACACAAAAUUCUGAAAUUCGCAGACAGCCACUUAAAUUUGUUGAUCCUUAUCAAGAGUAUGUAAAGCAUCUGAGUUAAAUAAUGGAAACAUGUGAAUACAAUAAAGUGUGCAAAUACAACACCAGUUGUAUAUGUCAGUAAUUCUUCAUCUUCAAGUACAGAUAGCAGUUUCAGUACUUUCAAUCAAAAUGUCCAUCAUGAUUAUUUCACUGGAGACUCGCCAGAAAUAUCAUCAAUACAUUCACAAUUAGAUUACUAUGAUGAUUCUUCACUCCGGUACAGUUGCACAUCCGCAAUCAAUGAUGCUGUGUAUGGAAAUAAAGGACAGGUAGAGAUCCACUUUACAAAGGGGAAAUCAACUAAAAAUAAUCAUUCAAAAGCAGAGAGACAACAAAUCUUGGAGAUAUGUGAGGAAUAUCCUAUGCCAGAAUUCCCAACGAUACAUGGCAAUUAAAAAGGUCAGAUGUUAUCAAACAAAAAGCAUAUGUUUGACAAGCACAGUGAAAGUUAGAGAAUAUGCAAUGGUAAAACAAGACUUGAUGCUUAAUAAUCCUUUAUGUCUUUUCCCGUAAAGAGAUUUUUUCUAAUGUACCGACGGAAUGAAUGUAAAUAUUAUCAUUUCAUAAAACAUUUAUUUGCUUAUAUCCAGGAUAUAUUAAGGAUGA